AAGCUGCUCAUUUGUGAUUUUACCUGCUUUUAAAGCCGUUAUAACACCAUUAACCCGGUGCUCGGUGUCUGUGCUGUCUUUCCCGGUGUAUUUGUGGACUGUAUGUGUAAUGUUAGCUCAGGUAUUUGGUUUGUGUAUGUGUGUUUUCGGGUGUCCGACUGGUUGCUGGGUGAUUUUUGGCCUCCAGCUCAGCAGACAGAAAUAAAGCUUCGGUUCAGUUCAGUCAGAGGCAAAGUAGGCGAGGCGGUCUACUCUCCUGGUCACAGUGGCUCUCAGACGACAUCACCCAUAGCCCUGCCACCGCUUCGCAACAACAACCACAACCCACUGACGGGAGGCUCUAAAGCCACUAUGUCGGACACCGUCCAGCUGUCGUCACAGUCACAGUCUCACGUCACCCAACUUUAUGAGGAGAACACCAACAAACGUCCCGUCCUGACCUCUCAACCCAAUGGCCUGGCUCCAAUUAGCUCCACCCGGCCAGGCCUGCCGUUGCCAGACCGGCAGACCUCAGCCUCAGAGCCCCCUCACCACGGCCGCCAGGGCAGCGCCACCUCAAACAAGUCAACAGACAGCAAGCCAAAGCCUAUUGCCCUAUCAGCAGAACAGGCCAUGAAGCAGUUUAUGUCCAAAAUGUCAUCAUUCGAACACCAUGAGAUUUUCAGCUACUCUGAUGUGUAUUUUGUUGGUCCCAAUGCUAAGAAGAGGUCGGGAGUGAUGGGUGGAGCCAACAACGGUGGCUAUGAUGACGAUCAAGGAUCCUACAUCCACGUCCCUCAUGACCACAUUGCCUACCGUUACGAAGUCCUGAAGGUCAUUGGCAAGGGGAGCUUUGGACAGGUGGUGAAGGCCUUUGACCACAAGAUACAAACCCAUGUGGCUCUGAAAAUGGUCCGCAAUGAGAAGCGGUUCCACCGGCAGGCAGCGGAGGAGAUCCGCAUCCUGGAACACCUGAGGAAGCAGGACAAAGACUCAAGCAUGAAUGUCAUCCAUAUGCUGGAGAAUUUCACCUUUCGAAACCACAUCUGCAUGACCUUUGAGCUGCUAAGCAUGAACCUGUAUGAGCUCAUCAAGAAGAACAAGUUCCAGGGCUUCAGCCUCCCGCUGGUCAGGAAGUUUGCCCACUCCAUCCUGCAGUGUCUGGACUCACUGCACAAGAACCGCAUCAUCCAUUGCGACCUAAAGCCUGAGAACAUUUUACUCAAACAGCAGGGACGUAGUGGUAUCAAGGUCAUAGACUUUGGCUCCAGCUGUUAUGAACAUCAGAGAGUUUACACAUACAUCCAGUCCAGGUUCUACAGGGCACCGGAGGUCAUUCUGGGUUCUAGGUACGGUAUGCCCAUUGACAUGUGGUCCCUUGGUUGCAUUCUGGCUGAGCUACUGACUGGUUACCCGCUGCUGCCAGGUGAAGACGAAGCUGACCAGUUGGCCUGCAUCAUUGAACUACUGGGCAUGCCCAGUCAGAAGCUUCUGGAUGCCUCUAAACGAGCCAAGAACUUUGUUUCGUCCAAAGGCUACCCACGGUACUGCACUGUAACGACACUGCCUGAUGGCACGAUUGUGCUCAAUGGCGGUCGCUCACGGCGAGGGAAGGUACGGGGCCCACCGGCCAGUAAAGACUGGAGUGCCGCACUUAAGGGCUGUGAUGACGCACUGUUUCUGGACUUCCUGAAACAGUGUCUGGAGUGGGACCCAGUGCUCAGGAUGACGCCAAGCCAGGCAUUGCGCCACCCAUGGCUGAGAAGGAGACUCCCAAAGCCACCAACAGGAACCACCACAGGGGAAAAGACCUCAUCCUCCAAACGGGGAACCACUACCAGUGACGGAGCCAUCACCUCUAUCUCCAAACUUGCCACCACCUCCACAACAACUACAUCCUCCUCCUCCAAAACUAGAACUAACUUAGCAGCCAUUACAGACGCCAAUGGGAACAUCCAGCCACGGACGGUUCUACCUAAACUCGUCAGCUGAGAAUAAAUGCACCCCACUAGCUGUGGUGGAGGAAAAGAGUAAAGUUCAUGAACAGCGGUGAGGAAUCUGCUGUAACUGAAUAAGCCAGUUUUAAAGAGUGUUUGUGGGGUUUUUUUACACUGGUUUUCACAGCUUUGGGGUGCGUUCAGGACAAAUACAGGAAUAGAACCUUAGUGUUAGCAUGUUGAAAUGUGCAGAAUGGCCAGGCAGGGACAUAUUCCUGGAAUUACAUGGAAGGAAAUCUGAUAUACCUGAUAUCUGUUAAAUUGGGGUGCGUUCAGACUCCUCCAAUUCUCAUUCAUGUCUCAUUAAGACACCUUGUUUCACAACUUGAGCAGCAAACCAAGACAAGACUACAGAUGUUUGCUGAGCUGCUCAGACAAUCAAAACACACAACUCUGUAGCUCCAGACACACAAACAUGUUAUACCCGAAAAAACAUGGUGCUGACAGAGGGAACAAUGCUUUUUCUAUGUUUUUAGUAGUUAAGCAAACAAAUAGACACCAAAAACUACUUUUUAUAACCUUAAUUUUACAAAGUUAAACAUAUCUGACAGGCCACAGUAUGGUGCCCAUAAAAAUUUGUUGUUUUUUUAAAGAAAAAUCACAUAGGCUCCUACUCUUUUUAAUUCUAAGUCUGUAAUUUUCUGAUUCCAACUAGAAAGAAAUGCAACUUUUAAGUUGUUUUUCUUAUCACUGAGAAAUAACUUAAUGUGGUGUCUCUCCAUUUUGGGAGCUGAGGUGGGCAUUUGUUAUCAUUUUUAACUUUAACUAAGUUAUUAACCCAAAAACCCAUCUACCUGUUAGCUGGCUCACUAGCCAGCUUUUGCUCUUCAGUGUGUUGCUAGCCUGUGUUACCAUGCUAGCUUUGUGCCUGUCAGCUGGCUAACUGUUAACUGGUUAUUUCAGUACCACUGGUUAGGUGUUAGACAGCUGCUUGUUUGUUCUUAGCUGUCACUUUGCUACCUAUUUAUUGUUUAACUGGCUAGCAGUUAGCUUAGCAAUCGUCAGCUAGCCAUAGCUGGCUCACUAUUAGCCUUUUUGGCAGUCUGGUAGCUAGCCUUAGCCUUUUUUAGCCAUAGUCCGUUAGCUCUUCACUGCCCAGCCUUACAAAGCACAGAAUGAUUAAAUGAUGUUAACUUCUUGGAUUUAAAGUGUUUUACAUUUUCUGAACGUUAGCAAACAGCAUAGCGGUGUCAGAGAAUCAAAAGACCAGGAGAGAAGUAUGUUUGAACAUUUUUCCCCCUAUUUAAUUUACUUAUUCUGAUUUUUAGGAACAAAAGAUGUUCAGUUGUAAGAGCUGUAAAAAGAGAAAAGUACACUAAAGAUGGAUUUAUUUAAGAGCCCUAAAUCACAUUAAAAUCAAAGGGCUCUAACAUUCAAACCAACCAAAUACUUGGCAAUUAAAAAUGAAAGAAUGAAUGGCUGUAGCCUGUUGUUAAAUUAGUAUUACAAGUGAAAGUUUUAUGAUGCAGUAAAUUGGUUUGAUGACAAUUUAACUGUAACAUAUCAAAGGAUCAGAGCUAAAUCCAAUCGCCA